UUUCAAAACGAAGUCCGACCCGGAAACAGGCUCCGGUUCGUCUGUAAACGGAUUACGGCAACAGCACGUCUUUUUGGCUUGCUAUUUGGUAACUGCCCAACAUACACCAGAUUCUUUCCAUCACAGUGAAUACAGAAUUCUUCAUCUAUCUCCAUGACGAAAAAUAACGGCAGAGUUAAUACCCAUACACCGGAUAAGGGUAGGACUUUACCCGUUGACCCGAAACUUCCUAGAUACCUCUGUCAGAAUUGCCAUAAUCCCCUUUGUAUCACAGGCGUCGAUAAUUAUGCCGAUAAAUUCUUCCCCGAUUCUUCUUCUACUUCUCGCUCCGGGAUUCAGGCUUCUUCAAUUCAUGGAGCUGGUAAUGUUAUAGGGUCGAUCCGAAUGGAACAUUCAUAUGUUGUGUUGCCAAAGCAAAGAAAUCAGGUACCAGGGAUCCCUCCUCGAGGACGAGGAGGGUCUGCUCAGCCAGAUGCAAGCCAAAGUGGGAGGGCUAUGGAAGAAUCGUUUGUGGUUUUGCCUCCACCAGCUGCUUCAGUGUAUAAGUGUGAGCCUACAUCUGAUGGAGCUGGUAUGAAUCUUCCAUCACCAGAUGGCGGACCUCCAAAUGCUCCCAUUCAGCCAAACAAUUCUGGGUUUCACUCCACCAUCACUGUACUAAAGCGUGCAUUUGAUAUUGCCACAACACAGACCCAGAUCGAGCAACCUCUGUGUCUUGAGUGCAUGAGGGUGCUCUCUGAUAAACUUGAUAAGGAGGUUGAAGAUGUUAACAGGGACAUACAAGCCUAUGAAGCUUGCCUUCAGCAAUUGGAGGGAGAAGCAAGAAAUGUUCUUAGCGAGGCUGAUUUUCUGAAGGAGAAAUUGAAGAUAGAAGAAGAAGAGCGAAAACUUGAAGCAGCAAUAGAAGAAACAGAGAAGCAAUGUGCUGUAGUCACUGCUGAGCUGAAGGAACUAGAGCUCAAGUCUAGCCGCUUUAAGGAGUUGGAGGAGCGGUAUUGGCAAGAAUUCAAUAACUUUCAGUUUCAGUUGAUAUCUCAUCAGGAAGAGAGAGAUGCAAUUUUAGCUAAGACAGAAGUUUCACAAGCUCAUUUAGAGCUGCUAAAGCGAACUAAUGUGCUCAAUGAUGCAUUUCCAAUCUGGUAUGAUGGUGAAUUUGGAACGAUUAACAACUUCCGGCUCGGAAGACUUCCUAAAAUUCCGGUUGAGUGGGACGAGAUAAAUGCAGCAUGGGGCCAGGCAUGCCUUCUUCUCCAUACAAUGGCUCAACAUUUCCGACCAAAGUUUCAAUAUCGGAUAAAAAUUCUUCCUAUGGGAAGUUAUCCUCGGAUCAUGGACACCAAUAAUACUACAUAUGAACUAUUUGGCCCGGUAAAUCUCUUCUGGAGCACACGGUAUGACAAAGCAAUGACAUUGUUCUUGACUUGUCUGAAGGAGUUCUCCGACUUUGCAAAUUUAAAAGAUAGGGAAAACAAUAUUCGUCCUGAGAAAUGUUUUAAGUUUCCAUACAAGAUUGACAAUGAUAAAGUUGAAAGUUACUCCAUAACCCAGAGCUUUAAUAAGCAGGAAAAUUGGACCAAAGCUCUCAAGUACACACUCUGCAAUUUGAAGUGGGUGCUCUACUGGUUUGUCGGUAACACGAAUUUCCAGCCACUUUCUGCAACAGUCUCUUCACAAGCUGAAGUUCCAGUUGCAGCAGGAUCGAUUGACAGCAAACGACCAACCAAUACCAAGUUUCAAUCUUGAAGUUCUUGAAUCAGUAAUACCAACUUCUCAUCUUGCGCAAUUCAUGUUGUAAGUAGACAAGAAAGACAAAUUAUGUCGGUAAGCGGUCACUCGUAAUGUUGCAUCAUAUUUUCUUUUUCUUGGCUCAUUUUAAAAGUUUGAAGCUGUAUAUAUACCAAUAUAGGUAACAUUUCAUCG